UUGUGGUCUUUGUGCGAGUCUUUGCAAGUCUUGCUUUCAACGUUCUCUUAGGUUCUCCUAGCUUGUUCCCUAGGAUUGUGGAAGCCCAACUCUCCCUGCAACUCUGUCGUCGUCGACAUCUACUUCAACAAGAACUCCUCUGCUCUUGUUCCAAGUCUUGCAAGUGGUGGAUCGAGGUCUGGCUUGCCAAUGUGGUCGUCCAAGCUCUUUCGUAUCACUGGGAACGAUCAGAGAAGCUUCCAACUUGGAUCGAUGAACACUUGGAUCCCAACGCACCCAAGGUCUGGCUGUGGCAACAUCGUAUUCGCUUAAUAACUGUGACUUGGAUCUUACACGCGAAGAAUAAGUUUACAGGCUUGAAUUGUAAUAUGUUUGAUGCUGACCCGGCAAAAGCCGCUCCCGAUUGCGGAGCAACUCCUGUUAGGAGGACCUUAUCAUGUUUCCUCUGUGGUGGGGCCCACAUUUAUCCUGGCCCACGAUUCGAAAACCAUUUGAUGAACGAGCACGGAGCUGUGUUUGACUUGGAUUUUAUUGUCAAGAUAUCCUUAUUCAAGCAAGAACAUGGAAAUCUCCCAUCUUUUGACGUGCAAGCUUCGAUCAAUGGCCAUUCGUCUGCCAACAAGUGCAAAGUGUCUACAAAUGAAAUGGAAGUCCAAACAGACUCUGAUUUGGCUGGUGACCUUCCUUGCUCAAAAUGCAAAGAACAUUCCACAUUAAGUCAGGUGAACGGUCUGAAACCCACGAGCACUAAUAUUUCGAACCAUAAAGCACGUGAAGAGCCCAAUUUCCAUAGCUUGAGAAUAUCAAAUGUAUCUAGCUUAGACGAGAGUAAUCCCAUGGAUGAACAUGACUUUCAUAACGAAGACGACGAUCUAAAUGAAGAUGAAGAAGAGCCGGAUGAUGACUUGAGCACACAUGGAUUUAUGGGAGUUGACCCCAAAGACUUCCUCGGGAAUCAGCUAAUCCACGAAGACGAAAGCCAACUUGAUGGGUUGUCUCCGUUACAAGACGACGAGAGCCUUGUGACUUGUUGGCAAUGUCCGGAGUGUGCCAAGCUAUAUCAACGUCACUCGUCUUUUAAGCAACACGCAUGUGCGGCACAUGACAUGACCCAAGAUGAUAUCAUGAGCGUAGUAGCUAUUCAAUUGCCGGAAGAGGAUUUCAAGCAAAAGCAAGCCGAAUUGCAAGACAGACCUUCAACCAGCACCAGUACCUCGAAAGCGUCGUCAUCUGCUUUCCUUAUAAAUGGAGGAAUAAGGUUAGCCUCCCAAAAAGGGCAACCAAUCAAGACUUUUCCCCUGGACAAAAGUAAAAGGAAACCUAUCGGCAAAGAGUGGGCUCCGAACUCCUUUUCAUCCACCUUCACUUGUUUUUUCUGCAAUGAGCAAUUCAGAAAAGACUACAAGCUUAAGCUACAUCUCAUGCUUAAUCACAAAAGUGAGAGCCCCAAGGAUAUGGCUAAAGCCAAAGAAGAACUGACGAAAAGUAAGCUCGACGGGUGCGUACACAAAUGUGCGCUUUGUGGAUCAAAAUAUAAUUCUGUGGCUAAUUUCACUCGACACAUCAAGGAUGUGCACAACAUGUCGCGGGCCAUGUAUCGUGAAGAUUAUGGCAGUUCCGAAGUGGUUUCGCGAAUGUUUAAAUGUGAGUUAUGUGAAAAAGAAGUCAAGCACACACGUAAUAUCAUCGGGGCCCACAUGAAAAUGGUUCAUCUCAUAUCUUGGAGAGAAUAUCAAGAGAUCCUAGUGAAGAUUCGCCAAGGUGAGAGUGUUGGUGAUCUGCCGGCACCUGAACUCUUUGAUUGUGUCAUAUGCGGCGUGAGUGUUAAGUAUAAGCGGGAACACUUGAACAAGAAGCAUCAAAUCACCGAAGAUGUUUAUGACGAGCUCAUUUUGAAGAAAAGUCGGGGCGAAGACAUCUCGGAUUCCCUACCAACUCGCGAGUUGGUUCGGUGCCUUAUAUGUGAUCGCGAAUGCUUGGAUUUCAAAAAGCACAUUGAACGCUCUCAUCAGAUAACAGAGGAUAUGUAUGAAGAGAUUAUUACCUCCCGCGGCCUCGAAGAUCAAAGACGAAGUAUUUCGCAGUUCGAAGAAACCCUCAUUACCACCGGGAAAGGCAAAGUCAACGGAAAUUCCAAAGCCAUUAGCAGAUCUGGAAAGAAGGUUGCAUUAGAACCUCCUCUCGGUUCCCUGCGAUCCGAUUCGCCCAAUGGAGUUUCGUCAUCUGUCAAUGGAAGUCACCUGUCUACGGAUUUGCAAUGCUACUUUGGGUGUGACGAAGUUUUUAAGAAAGAUUAUCAACUUUAUCUUCAUCUCAAAUUGAAGCAUCGUCACGAAACCUCGGAUGAGAUUGCCCGUGCUUAUGAGGCGGCGGACGAGGAGAUUGCUCUCACCAAAAGAUCCGGAUCUGUUUUUCAAUGUGCUUUGUGCCCUAAGCAGUUUAAUGAUAACGGGGCAUUUUAUAGCCACAUUCAAAGUAAACAUGAUAUGCAAUGGAGAGACUACAAGAUUCGUCAUGGCCGUUGUGAAGUCGAAUCCUCGCCGUUUGAAUGCAAGAUUUGUUCACGAGUCAUCAAGUAUGAUCGCAACACCAUUCAUACUCAUUUGAAGAAUGUCCACGGCAUCAACUGGACCAUUUAUCUGGAUCGACUGAGAAAGAUGCGUCGAGGAGAGCAACCCGAUGAUCUUCCUCAAAUCGAAAUGAUCGAAUGCCGGGUGUGUAAUGUUCAGGUCAAGUAUCUAAAGGAUCAUCUAAAGAAUGCCCACAAAAUCACCGAACAAGAAUACGAGAGUCUGUUUGAAGGCGAACACGAUCUUUUUAGUAACAGCAACGGGCAAACAGUCAAUGAGACCCAAGUCAGCCAGCCAUUAUCCGCUCAACCCAUCUCUUCGAAUGGCCUGAAUUUGCUCCCAAGUCAACCCGUCGCCAUUCCAAAGCCUCCAAAGUCGGAUAUCCAAAAUAAAACCAAUAAGGAUUGCUCAAGUUGUAACAUCACGUUUGAAACGAGAAGAAGUUUCAUCGAACAUUGCACAACGGUGCACAGUAUGAAGUUUAAGACCAAAUCAGGAAUCACCAUCUCGGCUCCAAUCCUUCAACAGAAUCUCAAGCGAAAGCUGGAAGUUCAAAAUGGGAUUGAGCAUUUGGUAUCUCGACAAGAGGAAAACAAAUUGGUGUCCAAGAGGCCCAAGUCGUCUAACCUCCUGGAGGAAGACAUGUCUUCAAAUCAGGGCACGCAAUAUACCCCAAAUGGAGUUUCCAAGUGGAAUCAAUGUGUCUACCAAUGUUGCUUUUGCGGAAAGAGCACACAAUCCCGAUCGUCCAUGACCUCCCAUAUUCAUAACUCUCACGGAAUCCCGAUCAAAGAUUAUAAGGAGAAAAACUAUCCUGACAUCGAGGUGGAGACUCGGUGGUUUCAAUGCCGCCUUUGCACAGCCAGAACUAAAUUCGUCAAGGAUUGCAUUGCUCCUCAUCUGAAGAUGUCACACAACAUGGAGAUUGAGUACUAUGAGAAGAACUUCAUGAAGACUGAAGAUUGGCCCUCCAAGACCUCUCCUGUGUCUUCGCUAAAGUCCGAAAAUAAGCUAGUUUCCGUUAGUCCAACAUCACCGCCUCACCUCAAAGCUACCAAUUCUAUUUCAUCCCCUUCUGUUGCCUCAUCGUCAAAUGGUAGUAACAAAUCAGGAGGUUCGGUCAGUUCAUUGCUGAACUCCAAUAAAGCAGAUAAAUGGAACCGAUGAAAAUUCAAAUGCGCCAUCUGCGCCUGGGUCAAUGUGGACUCGAGGCAAAUGCGGGCCCACAUUGCCACGAAGCAUCACAUGAACUAUGAAAAAUACGUUCGAUCCCAUGGGACGGCGGAAACUGUAACCAUGAAGUUCCGUUGUGAUCUUUGCCAUUCUGAAAUGAAGCAUUGCCGACAAAAUAUUUACGCUCAUAUGAAAGAUGUCCAUAAGAUUACUUUGGAUGAAUACGAGGACCGCAUUGGAGGCUACGACUCGUCAUAUGCUCAAGAAGUGUCUGCUGCCGAUUCUCAUGCCUUUGAUACCCCGUUUUUUAAUCAGCCUGAGAUUUUGGUGGAUAAUGGGAAUCAACCUAGUCGUUGGAACAAAUGUCGGUUCCAAUGUGCCUUGUGCCAAAAGUUAUCAAGCGAGAAGCGCCAUAUCCGAGAUCACAUUGUGAAGGCUCACGGAAUGGCCAUGGCCGACUAUGAAGGCACCUACGGUGAUUGCGAAAUUCACACGGAGUAUUUCUUUUGUGCCGUUUGCCACACGGAAGUGAAGCACAAUCUCAAAAAUAUCUCUCUUCACCUUCAAAAUGUCCACAGCCUUAGCCCUCAGGAUUAUGAGGACAAAUAUGGCCGAAUAUCGGACGAGGAGAUCGUUCCAGCUAUAGUGCCCGUCGAGGUCAAUGAAGAGCAAUUGGGUGGCUUCGGAUCACAUUUUCUUUUGGAAGAAAAUGGAUCGAGUGCGGAUGAAACGAGUCAACAGACCAAAGCCAAACGUAGUCGACCUAGUGCCAAAAUACCUGGCGGACUACCAUGUGAUUAUUGCGGCAAAGUGUUUUCGAAUCGUUCGAAUUGCAAUCGACACAUGAUUUUAUCUUGUGAGGCUCGCAAAGUCAAUCCUGAUGGAUCAGCCUUGAUUACAACGGACAAGAAUGGCGAACAAAUGGAAUAUAACGACGGCGAAGAUGAAGAGGAGCAAGAUGAUUUGGAUCAAGAAAAAUCUUUGCCGGAAAACGGCAAUGAAGUAGGUGAAAAAUGUCCUUACCCGGACUGUGUUGAGACAUAUGCCCGUUCUGCUUUGCUUAAACGUCAUCUCUUCGAGGCUCAUAACAUUCAGAACAUUUCUGUACAACUCCCAGAUCUCGAAAACGAAAAGCGUCAUUUCGACCGCAUCAAAUCAGAACCCAAGGACUUGGAUGAAGACCGAAAAGUGCCACCUUUGCGGGUGAAGUUAUCAAGCGGUAUUGCUUCCCCUACACCGGGAUCUUCAGAUGAGAAAACAUUGACUCCCAGUUCAACAAGUAGAUCCACCUUGAAAGAAGCCCAAUCUUGCCAGCACUGUUCAUACAAGAACUCCAAUUUGUACAUCUUGGGACGUCACCAAAAAGCUUGCCUAAAGCGGCAAAGAAGUUCAUCAGAUUUGGAAAAUAAUGACGAGGAAAAAACUGAGGCUGACCCAAUCCAGCCAGUCUUAGCGAAAUCAGAAGCGAGUGAACAUCUCAAGGAGAAGGAUGAGGAGAACAUGUCCACUGCCAAUCCAAAGGAAAUCGCAAUUUUAAGGCACCAACAGAAAAGUUCUGAAUGUGAAGAGCAAGAUCACGAGGAAAUGAAUGUCGAUUUGAAUACAAAUACCAAUUUGCUGACCCUAGAACCCAGCAAGGGUACCCCCAAAAGCUUGGUUUGUUCCGAGGAAGUUCCCACAGUUGGGGAUCAACUUUCAGCCACAGAAGGGUCAACACAAGAUUCAGAGGGUGAAACAUCUUCUCAAACUUCUCAAACAACCGCCUCAACUACAGCCGACGAAAAUGGAAGCCAAGAAAAAUCGUAUUCAACCUCCGAGGAGUCCGAGACCUCAUCAAACAAAUCGGACACUGAAGGCAAUUCUUCAAUCAGUUUCUCCACUGAAAGCCCCACUUUAGUCGUUGAGGCCUGUUCAAACCCUGUUAUUGAAACGAACACGAAAGAUGAUGAGGAGAUAUCGCUCACAGUUAAAGGGGUGCCCCCGUCAGAGGAAGCGAAUCCCGAAAUACAGUCAACUACCUGAAUUGUCAAAACCCGAGAAUUCAUUUUAAAUCCAAUUUCUGUUAGCCACUUCAUCAAAUCAGAAAACUCACCAGAACCAAACAAAUUUCUAAUUUGAACCAACCAAGACAUUCCAGCAUCGUAUUUCAUGAGAAAAUUCGUUUACCGCAAUUAUGAUAGAAGCUUCGAAUCAAUAAACUGAAAAUUCAUGUACGCACAUU